ACUGUUUAGAUGGCAUCUACACAGUUCCCAUUAUAUAAACCUUAAACUCUUUUCAACUUGAAAUCAACAGAGCUUGAAAACACUCUCCAACUCCAGUAUACAUAAUUACAUAUGCCACAUUUAAGAUUAAGAAGAAGCUCCAUGAAAUUGAAAACACAAAUCCCCCACUCUGAUCACUCACCCUCAAAAAGCACAACUCCCAGCGACUCCUUCUCCUUUCCGAGCACCCCGAACAAAGAAGAUUCCGACUUCGAAUUCGGGUCCCUAACCCCUGAUUCACCCUCCUGUACAACAUCACCAGCCGAUCAACUUUUCUUCAAUGGCCGCCUCCAACCUCAUUCAUUCCCUCUCAACAAUAUUGUCAUCACGAGCCGAACGAGCAGCAUCGGCAGCAAAGGCUCGUUACUUUCGUCGCGGAGCAACAGCACCAACAGCACCUGUAGCAGCGCUAGAACAAGUGCUAGUGACAGUUCCGAGCGAAGGCUUUUUAUUCAUAACAACAUGUCAAAGCUUUCUUCUAGAUCUGUUGCUCGUCCUGUUCAACAGUCAUAUGGGUGUUCUCAAAGGUGGCAGUAUAUAACUCCGGUGCCAGCCGCAUUGAACCGUGACACUUCCAAGAGAAGAAAACAGCAACGGGCGAAAAGGAAGAAGAAGAAGAAGAAGAUCAAGAAGAGGGUAUCUUUGCGCGUUGUCCGGAGUAUUUUCCGGUGGUUUUUCAUUGCUUGUAGACAAUGUCAUGCCAUGGAACCGUCCAAGACAAACAAUAAAGGGAUAAAAAUUAAAAAGAGUAAUUAAUUGAAUGCUUGUUUUACCGGUGCUUUAUCCUUGAACUUUGCUGGUGUCUCCGAAGCUAUGAAGUACGCACACUUCUCCGAUUAGAUGUGUCCCGUGUCGAUGUCCGACACCGAAACCGACACGAUACCUAUGUUUACACUGAAUUAUGUCAUUUUCUCAAAUUAUUAUCCGUAUCGACGUGUCGGUGUCCGUGUCCGUGUCGUGUCCGGUGUCUGUGUCUGUGUCCGUGUCCGUGCUACAUAGCUCCGAAGGGGUAAUUGUUGGUUCCAUGAUUUUGUGAAUAGGUAGCUUCUGAUAUGUGAAGCAAUUUUUGUUUCUGCGUGGAUAAAUAUAACAUAGUUUACUUAAGAGAAGAAUUGAGAUGAUAAUAUGAUUGUAUAUUGGCUACCAAAAUAAAUUGUUUGAUAUUUUGCUACUAGUGGCAAA